CUGAAACAGAAGAAACCGGAACUGCUUGCUCAUUCAGCUGAAUUCAUCAAAGCAAGCGACGUACAUAUCAUAGUCUAAUAUAUAAAUCGUGAUAACCUUUUUCUUUCAGGGACAUAUUGUGAGAUAUUACCAUCUUGCUUAUUGGAACAAUUUUCGGACGGUACUAGGUAAUAUUAUUGCGCAGAACAUUAUAGGAGAUAAUUUAUUUCAUUGAAAUCGAAUAAAAUUAACACAUUCUGAGUGUAUAGAGCAUAUAUAAUAACAGUGUUUAAUAUUUCUAAAGAAGAUCUAGUGAAAAAGAAUGUCUGCCAAUAAUGAAAGUAUGAAUAACAACACAUGCGUUGUAUGUUACAAAAAUGUUGAUAUUUAUAGCAUUGGUAUGUGUGAACACCCUGUAUGUUAUGAAUGUAGUACUCGGAUGAGAGUGCUCUGUUGUCAAAAUGAAUGUCCCAUUUGUCGUCAAGAUUUGCCAAAAGUUGUAUUCACAAAGGAGAUAAAACCUUUUAGCCAAUUACAUAAAGGCAAUUUGUUAGAUACACGAUAUAACAUCUAUUUCGAUACACCAGAUAUUCAAAGUAAAUUUUAUGAUUUACUAGCUAAUGUUUGCUAUAUUUGCAAGGAAAGACCUGUGUUUAGUACUUUUAAUAGUUUGAAAGAUCAUAUGAGACAUCAACAUGAGUUACAUUACUGUGAUCUUUGUGUAGAAAAUUUAAAGAUAUUUUCCCAUGAAAGACGUUGUUAUACAAGAUCUGAUCUUGCCCAGCAUAGAAGAAAAGGAGAUAUUGAUGACAAAAGCCAUAAAGGACAUCCAUUAUGUGAAUUUUGCGAUCAACGAUAUAUGGAUAAUGAUGAAUUAUUCCGACACUUACGAAGAGAUCACUUAUAUUGCCAUUUUUGUGAUGCAGAUGGUUUACAUCAAUAUUACAGCUCAUACGAUUAUCUUCGAGAUCAUUUUAGACAAGAACAUUUCUUAUGUGAAGAAGGAAUGUGUGCAGAGGAAAAAUUUACAAGUGUCUUCAGAACUGAUAUAGAUCUUAAAGCACAUAAGGCAAGUGUUCAUAGUAAACAAUUGAGCAAAGCUGCUGCAAAACAAGCAAGAAUGUUAGAACUAGAAUUUACAUUAGCUCCACGUGGAGAAAAUCGAAUGAAUAGGAGAGGAUUGUUAGGUCCAUCAACCUCUAGAAAUUCAAGAGAUUACAGUGGGAGAGAUUAUAAUGUCAGGGAAUAUCAGCCAACAGUUACACCAAAUACUUCAAAUGUAUUUAUGUCAAACAACGAACCUACUUUUGUACAGCAACCAUCUGUUGAUGUACAGAGUACAGAAGAAUUCCCAACGCUAGGUAACACUGCACCUAUUGUACCUACCUUAAAUCAAAGUAAAGGGAGAGGUAAUGUGACAAUUCGUAGUACCAUAAGACCUCAGCCUCUUGCUGUUACAGACGAAAAUUUUCCUGCGUUGGGACCGGAAUCAGGAAGUACAAGUAUUUCUAAAACUGUUAAUUUCAGUGUAUCCAGUAGUAAUGCUUCAGGAUUAAGCACACAGAGUCAAAAGAGUACAACUUCUAAUGUAUCUAUUCAAGUAAAUCAUGAACUAAAUGGAACUGUUACUACAAAAGUUUCAGGUCCUAAUAUCAGAAUUCGUCCUGCUCAGUUUUCGAUGGAAUCCUUCCCGGCAUUGGGUUCUGCAGAACCAUCGACUAGUAAUAAUACAAAUUUGGCUCAUUGGAAGGAAGUUUUACAAUGGACUUGUUCUAAAUCAGCAUCUACAUCGGCACCAAAACCUAAAAAGGUGGCCUCACCACCAUUGAUACCUUCUCCACCACCUAUUCAAUCUGGAGAAGAUUUCCCUACAUUAUCAAAGUCAUCUAAAUCAAAGAAACAAUCAACUAUUACAGUAGUUCCUUCCUGGAGUCAAGCACAAAGUUCUAAUAAUAGUAAUAAUGCAAAAACGACUACUGAUAUAACAAAAGGAAAAACGAAAAAGAAAAAAGUUAAACAAAAUUGUAGUAACAAUACUGCUAAUGGGAAUGAUGGUAGUAGUUCGAAAACGAAUGUAAGUACUGCUGUAGUAAAGAAAGAAUGUGAGACACCUACAAGUUCACCCAUUACGAAUAAAACGCAUGCUGUGCAAUCAAGUUCUCAGUCUAUAUUGAAAUAUGCAGAUAUUAUUAACAGUGAAAAUACAUCAAAAAAUAUAAAUGUUCAGCCUCUAAAGGAAAUAGAACAAAUUAAUAAAAAGGAAAAGAAAAAACAUAAAAAUGCAGACAAUGAAGCAGUUGUAAAUACGGAUAUCGAUAAUAAUGCUACUAACGGAGUACAGAGAAAGCGUACCGAAUUAAAAAUAGAUAGCUUAAAUUCCACUAAUAGAAAUGCCCGUCAUUUAGAAGAUUUUCCUGCUUUAAGUGGCAGUAGUUCUAAACCACCAGGUUUUACGAAUCCACCACCUGGAUUUGGAACAACAACUCCUCCACCUCCUGGUUUUUGUGUAAAAUAUAAUAGCAUGGAUGAAAUAAACAAUAGUAACGGAUUGACUUUCACAAAUAGUUCUGGAGAGAGUUAUUCUAUCUUACCAGACAACAGUAAGCACGACAGUGCAUUUAAUUAUGUACAUCCUCCCGAAUUUCAGAAACGGAACAAAUGUCUUGUAGCCAAAGUUAAUGAGGUUCUAAUGCAACAUGAUCAGAUCGAGGAGUUUCGAUAUAUAAGUGGACUGUUUCGUCAAGGAACAUGUAACGCUCAAGAUUAUUAUACGCAUUGUCGUGUAGUUAUGGGUCUCAGCGCUUUCGAAAACGUAUUUUCAGAGCUUUUAGUCCUUUUGCCAGAUAUCGAAAAACAACAGGAACUAUUUAAAGUUCAUCAAAAGGAGAGUGGUAAUAAGAUUAAAGGUUUGGAAAUUUGUGCAACCUGUGGUCAAGUUUUAAAAAAUGGUUCUGAUUUUCGAACACACAUGACUAGUCAUACAUUAGAGAAUCAUUUUCCAGCAUUGGGUAAAAAUAAUGACCUGCCACAAAAAAAUUCUUGGGUACGCAAAUGAGUGUAGUUGUGUUCCUUUAAUUAACUUACAAAUUUUGCCAAGGUUAUGUAAGCUGUGAAUAAAGGAACUGCCGAAUAAAUUAUUUUUAUGAAUGGCAUCAGUGUAAGAUAAUCAUAAUUAAUUUGAAGUUACUGGUAAAAUAUAUUCUAAGUAUCAGCUUUUAGUAUUAAAAAGAUAGUUUGGACAAAUUAAUUACCAUGUACUUGGCAUUUGUACAAUGACCUGCAUGACUGCUGCCUAAAAUGAAAAUUUGUUAUUAAAUUGUUGUAUGCACUAAUAAUUUUAUGAAAUGCAUAUAGCAAACAAAGUCAAUAAUUAUGUGUAUAACAAAUUUUAUGUAAAUGAGUUUAAACAAUUUAACACUUCUGACACAUUCUGAACAAGAUAUUCAUAUACAAAUCCUAUACUAAAAUAUUUUAAUUGGUGCCCUAUUCUGUCAUAUGUUAAAACUACUGUGUAUAUAUAUAUAUAUAUAUUACUCAUAAGUAGGAAAUAUAUUUCUGUAAUUUAUUCAUUGUCUUUUAUGAAGUAGAAAUGGAGUAAAAUUUUAUGAUGCGUAAAAGUAACACUGCAUAUUAACAAAUUAUUUGAUACGUUAUACAUUAUACAGUGCAUGUAUGGUAAUGUACUGUUUCGUAUUGUAAUAAAGUUAUUACAUUAAGUUAAACAAGACUACAAAA